AUGUCUGGGACUGCAGCCUUCGACGCGGAGGUGGCGGAGGGGCGCAAGCUGGAGGGCGCCGACAUCGCCAUCAGGGAGGAGUACGCCGCGAAGGUGCGGGGCUGCGAGCCUGAGGCGGGGGGCGAGCCGUUCGAGCUGUCCAAGUCGCUUCGUGCCCACAUCAUCGGGGACCAGUGGAAGGACGAGGAGCUCGGGGCCAUCUGCAUGCAGCUCCGCGCCGAGUCUGGCGCCGGCGACACCCCCGAGGCGCAGCGUCUCGGGGAAGACUUCGCGCUCGAGCAGUUCGUGACGGUGGGGCCAGGGGAGCAGCGCUGGCUGCUAGUCCUCCCUGCGUCUGGCGGACCGGGCUCGGGUAUAUCGUGGAGGCGCUUCAUCUUGCUCCACGUCCACGCUGGCCCGUCAGGGGGUCACAAGACGGUGGUCGCCACUCGUGAGUGCGCCCGGCGGCUGGUGGUUUGUCCGGGGCUCGCGGCGGACAUCGAGAAGUGGUGCGCUAGCUGCUGGGCCUGCCUCCGAUUCAGGAAGCAGACUACGAAGGUGCAGGCCAGCUUCAUCGUGGCACGGCACCGGCUUCCUCUUCAUCAUGUGGUCAUCGACGUGGAGGGCCGCAUCACUCCCCCCGACGUCGACGGGCACGCGUACGUGCUGACCUACAUCUGCGUGGCGACGGGGGCCCCCCUGCUCGAGCCGCUCAAGCACCUGCAGCACUCCGAGGUCUGGCGCGCCUUCUUUCGGUGCGCGACUCGGGCCAAGACCUGGCCGAUGCUGGUGAGUUCGGAUCGUGGCAAGGAGUUCUGCAACGCUCUCAUGGAGGAGCUCUGGGCACUCCUCAACUUCGCAGGCCGCUUCGGCGCGUCGUGGAGGCCCUGCGAGCAGGCGGGCGCGGAGCGGUCCCACAUCGAGUGUGCGAGGGAGAUCGGCAUCUUCCUGCACGACGUUUUUAAGUGCGCCCCCGGCCAGUGGGCCGAGCUGCUGCCGAUCGUCGAGUUCGUGUUGUGGAACUCGCCCGGCAAGUCGGCGCUGUCGCCGAGGGACCUUUGCAUGGGUUGGUCGUUGGCUUCGCCGCUGGAGAGGGAGCUGCUGCCGCUGGAGCCCGCCGUUCGUGAGGCAGUCUCCGACGUCGCGGCGGCGCAGUUCGAGCAGUUCAGGCGUUUGCGGGAGGUUUAUCUUCAGCAUCGGGCUCGAGCCGGCCGACGCAGAGCGGAGCUGGCUAAUCGCGCGAGAUCGUCGAGGCGCCCGGAGGUCGGGGACAUGGUUUUGUUCAAGGACCUGAAGCUCUCCAAGGCCGUGGCCGGGCACGCUCCAGGCCGCCGGCCCCUGCGCGGCCCCUUCGAGGUCCUCUCCACGAAGGGCGACGUGGCCACGUUGCGGGACCCCGAGACCCAGCAGGUGCUCAAGGACAUCCACGGGGAUUUCUUGGUCGGCGUCCCGGGCCUGGUUGACGACGCGGAGCGCAUCGUGAAGUUGGAGGAGGACGACGGCCGUGGCAGGGCCUCUGCCGGACAGCUUCUGGCAGCGCGGCUGGCCCCUGGAGGCGGCGAGGCCGCCGAGGCGCUGGCGCCGCGCGUGAAGGCGCGGAUGCGAGAGGUGAAGGUCGGGCGGCUCGUCGCCUACCAGGGCGAGGAGGCGAAGCGCUGCCGGGUGGGCAAGGUGCUGAGCCUGGCCGAGGACCUGAGCAGCGUGACGGUGCACGUGUACCAGGCGGCGGUCGACGGACGGCUGCAGGUGGUCUGGACAGCGGCGUGCGACCGCCAGGAGGGCGCGGACUUCCAGCGGCAGAGAGUCGAGACGCUGGAGGCGAAGCGGGUGCUGGGUGUCGUGGAGCUCAACAAGGGCGUGCUGAACCACUCGGCGGCGAGCAGACUGGCGCGGGCUGGCUGGCGGCUGGACGAGGGGACCGUUCGGCACGGUGCCUUGGCGGCGGCGGCAGUGGCGCUGGCCGCGCUACGGCUCUCCGACCUCCCCUCGAGCCGCGUCAUCGCGCUCGUCGCAGCUUGCCGUCCGCUCGAGGAGCUCGACCUGAAGAUCGGCGAGGUCCAGGCGUGGGCGCACGGCGUUCCCCUCUUCGUGGAGAUCUUCGAUGGGGUCGGGAGGCUUUCGCAGGCGGUCCAGAGCUUAGGCGCAGCCAACGCGGUGUGCAGCGUGGUGGCCGGCAUCGACCUCAAGCGCAGGACGUACGGGCAGUACUGGGACCUCAGCAGGGCUAAGGACCGUGCCCGGCUUCGCUACCUGCUCUUCGAGGUGCUGAGGCCGGCAGGAGCCCACUGGGCGCUCCCCUGUGCGAAGUGGAGCAGCCUCGGUGGCCACCAGCCCGACGCCAACGCGCACGCGCUGGCCUCCUUCACCAUGGACGGCCUCGAGCACCUCGACGGCGCGGGCUGCCUGGCCUCCUUCGAAGUCCCUCGAGCGCACGCGCUGGUGGCAAGCGUGGAGUGGCGGCAGCGGUUCGGGUCAGCCGAGGCGCCGCGCGGGCGCUGGCGAUACGUGCUCCCCGACGGCUGCAUGUUCCACUGCAGGAGCCCGGACGAGGAGCCCCUGGCCAUGCAGAAGCCGUACGUCAUCGUGGGCAACUUCCCGCUGGACUUGCUGGACGUCCAGUGCCGCCGUGGAGCGCUGCGGCCGCUAGGGCGCGGUCUCGAAGGCGUCGAGGUCGCCUCCGCGGAGCUGGGCGGCGACGCCGGGAGCUCCAUGAUCGGAGCCGCGCGGGCGCUGGAGGGGCCUCGCAUGCCCUGCGAGCCUGGACGCGCGGCCGCUCCGGCCGCUGGGGUGACGAGGUCGGUGGACAAGCUGAGCGACGCCGAGAUGGCGGAGAAGAAGGCGCGGCGGGAGCCGGCGGCGGCGGCGGCGAAGAAGAAGUGGGCCGAGCUGGCCAAGAAGGGCGACUGGGACCAGGUGCGGAUGCCCGGCAAGUGCUUCAGGUUUGCCGAGGUGAAGGUUUCGCCGAGGCGCUCUGCGGAGUACAAGGCCAAGGUUCUGGAGGCUGUCGGGCUCGUCGGCGAGUGCGCGGGCUACAAGCACCUGGGCAGCCAGGAGCUGGAGGCGCUGAAGGAGAUGAUCAGCCUGAAGGCCGAGGCGUUCUGGGUGAAGGGCACCGCGCGGACGGUCAUGCGCGGCUUCAAGCACGACGUGGCUUCCAUCGUCCGCGAGGAGCUCGAGGCGGGCGUGGAGCAAGGGCUGUACUCCAGGGGGACCUCGCCCUGGGGCAGCUGGGCCUUUCCGACCAAGGAGCACGCGAGCGGCCGGAGGCGUCGGACCGUCGUGGACUACCGCAUGGUCAACCGCAGGAUGGUGAUGUUCGUGUACUACAUCCGCCGGUGCCGAGACGUCAAGGGCGAGCUGGUGGGCUGCGCCUUCAUCUCUGGCAUGGACGGCGCUCGCGGCUUCAACCUCCUGGUCAACACUGAGCACGCGAAGGAGGUCCUGGCUGUGCUGGCGGACUGCGGCUGCUACCUCCCCGAGGUGCUGCAGCUGGGGCCAGCGACGGGGCCCUUCGACUUCCAGUUCUGCACCGGCGAGCUGUUCACUGGCACCGGCCGCGGACGCUACGGAUCGGUUUGGAAGAACUACAUCGACGACUUCUGGGUCAGGACGGGGCAGUGGCUGAACGGUCGCGCCUACACCGACCGAGAGUGCGAGGAGAUGCUGGCGGCGGCAUCCCCCCCCCCGGCUGCCUCUCGCCCACUGGGCGACUCGCUGGCAGCAGCCGGGUUCGCGGGGGCCCGCAAGGCCAGCCAGAGCUACGACCACGCCAAGGGCGUGCUCGUGGGGCUGUGCGUGGCGCAGUCGGCCACGGGGGCGGCGGCUAUGGAGGGCGGCGGCGUUGCCUUGGCGAACGGCCUCCGCAUGCUGGUGGUGGCUGCCGCGGUGCGCACGGCGUCCUUGGUGGAUGAAGGGCUGCGCGCGGGCGUGCAGCUGACGCAGGACAUCUUCGAGGCGGCCGGCGACCUGGUCCAGAGCGUCUCCUGGGACCUCAGCGGCCUCAUCCACGAGGUGUGCGAGGGGGCGGUCCUGGUGGUGCGCGUCCUGGUCGUCGUGCAGUGCUGCUACGCUCUCUACUGCCUGCGCUCGUGGGUGGCUUGCCGCUCGCAGCGGGCGGCGCUGGAGCGCGCCGCCACCGCCGGCGAGGCGGCUCAGCGCGGACUCACGUCCAGCGCGCGAGCCUGCGAGGCCGGCGACGGGCCCGCCUUCGGCCGCGAGCCGAUGGCCAGGGCGGCAGCCGCUGGGAGGAGCCCGAGCGGGGCCCUCUCUUCAGCAGAUGGCGCCGCCAGCCCUGUGGUGGCGCUGUGGCGCGAGGCGGAGUUCGAGACGCCCCUGCUCGGAGCGGCGGCACGCCCCCGAGCGGAGGUCCUCCAGAUCCAGCGGAGCGCAGCUGUGGCGCUGCGGGACCUGGAGCACUCGGCUGCGCGCAGCUCAGCGGUGAAGGACGCGGGCGACCUGUGCGAGUUCGAGGUUGAGGUGGCCGGCAGCCGCGGCGUGCGGUAUGAUGUGCGGCUUCGCGCUGGACGCUUGGCCGCCGCGUUGCUCCCCGCAUCGUGCACUUGCGCGGACUUCGUCGGCGGCGUUGGCAGCCCCUGCAAGCACAUCGGGGCGGCCUGGUGCUGCGCGGUGGACGGCAACUUCAGCGAGCUGGUGGAGCUGGCGCUCGCGGCUGGCCGCAAGGAGGGAGCUGCCGCUGGACCUCAGCGACGCGCAGCCCUGGCGCCGAGCGACUCCCUUGGCCUCGCGGGGGCCGUGCGGGAGCUCCGCGACUCGGAGGCCGAGGUCGUGCGCCUGCGCGAGGAGGUCCAGCAGCUGAAGGCGCAGCUGGGGGCGACCUCCAGGCGCGGAGCCGUGACCGAGUUCCUCUCGGCGUCGGAGACGCUGGCGGCUUGGGCGCGGGCUUGCGGUGAGGCCGAGAGCUAUGUGUACGUGGCGUGCUUCACCUUCGACCAGCCGGGCGUGGUGAACUACCUGGAGGCGGCUCGAGCUCGAGGCCCCACAGUCCGUUUGGUGUUCAGCGGCCGUGACAAGGCCUUGACCAACAACCAGGGGCCGCGCCUGCAGCGGCUCCGAGCCUGUGGGUGCGAGGUGCGCGCUCACGAGGGCUCGCGGCUGCACGCCGAGGUGAUGAUGACAGAGCGCGAGAUUGUGCUGGGCAGCUGCAACUUCACGACUGCCAGCUUGGGCAACGUGGAGCGCGGGGCCAGCCUGCAGGAGCUGUCCGAGGAGACGGUGCUCGAGCAGAAGGAGUGGUUCGAGCAGCUGUUCGAGGCGGCGGCGCCCUUCAAGGACGGGAUCGGCGAGGCCGGCUGGGCGCGAGGCCUAGCGGCCGUGGCGCUGAGGCGCGAGGCGCUGGAGGCCACCUGGGCGAGAGGCCUAGCGGCCGUGGCGCCGAGGCGUGAUGCGCUGGAGGCCCGCCGGGCGAGAGGCCUAGCGGCCGCGGCGCGAGGCGCUGGAGGCCAUCUGGGCGAGAGGCCCAGCGGCCGUGGCGCCGAGAUGGCAGGAGCGCGGCAUUUUGCUGCGCCGUCGACGCCCGGCAGCGCCGGGAGCUACGAGCGACUGCAUGGCGCCGAGUUCGGCGACUUCAAGGAAUUCAUCGACUUCAAUUUUGUGGAGCGGCACGUCGCGGAGGACGUGCCGGGGCGCCUGUGCCGCGGAGUGGUGCCCUGCUCGAGGAGAGGGGCACGUGAGGAGCGGCAUGGGCGCACAGGCGGCGGAGUGCGGGCCGGCGACGACGGCCCCGGUGGCGACGGCUGCUUGCCCCGCGCUGCCGCGUGGCUCAAG